AUGGAUUAUGAGGGACCGUUCCCCGGUGCGAGAGGUCUUGCAGGGAACACGGGCCCUCCCCAGCGCCCCGGCCUGCUCAGAAGCCGCUCGCCCCUUCGUCGCCAGCCAAGARGUUUGCUGAGCCCAAACCUGAGCCAGGAGGCGCAAGGGAAGCGGCUGUCCUGUGACAUGCUCCUGAAACUCUCCAGAUAUGCUUUGAUGGAUACCUUUGGACCUAGCUUGGCCUGGAAUCUCUUCCGAUUUUAUAACUGUGCUCAAGAAAUGAAUCAGCCUAAAAUCCGUAUCCAUCCUCUCAAGGUGGCAAGGUACAAAGUGAAGCCGUUCCUGCUGCAGCGGGUGCUUCGGCUCCUCGGGAGCAUGGGAGUGUUGUCAGAAGCUCAGCAGUCCAAGGCCUUCUCUCUGCUCAAGGAGCAAAUGCUUGAAAAGAAGAACAAGCAGAUAAAGCCGCCAGUGGAACAAAGUGGAGAAAACACGUGCUGGAGUAAAUUCCAAGGCUGGCAGAUGGGGACAGUGGCUCGCGCCCCGCACCUCGCCCCGUGGCGCCCCGGCUGCGACACCCGCCGCGCCGCCGUCGUGGGCCGGGGGGCGGCCCUGCGCCUCGAGAGCUCCGCCGCCUUCCACUCCCUCGUCAUCCGCGACGGAGGGAGGCUCGUGUUCGCCGACCGCCCCCACGGGCCGCCCAUCACCCUGCGCGCUCGCUACAUCCUCAUCGAGGACGGCGGGGAGCUGCACAUCGGCUCGGAGCGCUGCCCCUACGGCUCGCGCGCCACCAUCUCGCUGUUCGGGCGGCCCGAGGGCGCGCCCGUCGAAGGCUUCGGCCACAAGUUCGUGGGCGUGGGGCGCGGCGGGGUGCUCGAGCUGCACGGCCGGCGGCCCCGCGCGUGGACCCUGCUCGCCAGGACCCUGCACCCCGGCGGGCUCCGCCACGGGCCCUACUCGUCCGAGAGGCGCUGGGGCAGCCGCGGCCUCAACGUGCGCGUCCUGGACGCGGGCACGGCGCGGCUGGUGGCGGCCGCGCGCUUCGACACGCACCUGCUGCCCGCCGAGGGCCGGCGGCUGCGCCGCUUCCUGGCGCUGCAGGCGCCCGGCGCCGUGGUGGCGGCCGCCGUCGGGGACUCGGCCGCCCGCAGCCUCACGCCGGACACGCGGCGGCUCCUGCGUGAGCGCCUGGGCAGCCGCCACAUCGCGCGGCUGCGCCACAGGCAGCCCUGGGCUCUGGUGGGGGUCCUUGGCGGGGACCCGCUUGCAACAGUGGAAGAUAAGCGAGACUAUCAUGGCAACGGGACUACAGGGCUAGCCAUAGCCCAAAGAGAUUUCCAGACCUACGACGGAAUCCAUUUCACUGUCACGGCUUUCAGCGGAUGGGUGAAAGGGGUGCCUCAUAAUGGAUUUAAAGUGGAGGUGUCCAAAGGAAUAGUUCUUCAUUUGGCCGAUGAGGUUACAAGUUGGUUACCUGGGGACCGAAUAGUCAUUGCCAGCACAGAUUAUUCAAUGCAUCAAACAGAAGAGUUUAACCUCCUUCCUUGCACCGAAUGCCAAAGUAAUCAAGUGAAAAUUGAUGGCAGCCCACUCUACCUUCACAUUGGAGAAGUUAUAGAUGGCGUAGACAUGAGGGCCGAGGUUGGUCUUCUCACAAGGAAUAUACUUAUCCAAGGGGAGAUGGAGGACUCCUGUUAUGGACAAAAUCAGUGCCAGUUUUUUCCCUUUGACACGUUUGGAGGACAUAUUAAAAUCCUGAGGAAUUUUAGCUCUGUUCACAUGUCAGGAGUGGAAUUAAAGAACAUGGGGCAGCAGGUGCUGGGCAGCUACCCGGUGCACUUCCACUUGGCUGGGGAUGUGGACGAGCGAGGAGGAUACGAGCGCCCAACCUACCUCGAUAACCUGGCCAUCCACCACUGCUUCUCGAGGUGUGUUGCCAUUCACGGGACUCACGGCCUUCUGGUGAAAGACAGUAUUGGCUAUGACACGCUGGGACACUGUUUCUUCCUUGAGGAUGGCACGGAGCAGCGCAACACGUUCUACCACAACCUGGGCCUCCUCACGAGGUCGGGGACCAUCUUGCCCUCGGAUCGCAAUGAGGCCAUGUGCCUGGCAAUCCGCAGCCACGUCUAUGGGAAUUACAUUCCCACGCCAAGCACGGACUGCAUGGCUGUCAGCACAUUCUGGAUUGCAAAUCCAAACAACAACUUAAUAGAGAAUGCAGCAGCUGGUGCUCAGGAUGUCGGGAUAUGGUACAUCUUCCACCGGGUUCCAACCGGGCAGUCCGAGGGACAAUAUCCAGAGGGACAGGCUGAACAUACCCCCUUGGGUGUAUUUUACAACAACAGAGUCCACUCCAAUUUCAAGGCCGGUUUGUUUAUUGGUAAAGGAGUAAAGACAACGAGAGCCAGCGCUGAAGAUCCCAGAGAGUAUCUCACUGUGGAUAAUGCCAGGUUUCGCCCACAUCAAGAUGCCGAUCCUGAAAAGCCACGAGUUCCUGCCAUAAUUGAUGGACUUAUUGCUUUUAAGAAUAAUGACCACGGGGCCUGGGCCCGGGGCGGCGACAUCAUUUUCCGCAACUCAGGGUUUUCCGACAAUGGAAUUGGACUCACUCUAGCAAGUGAUGGAACUUUCCCAACAGAUGACGGCUCCAGCUUGGAGGUUUCACGCUCCAUUUUUGUUGGAGAAAGCAGCAACCUUGGCUCCCGAGGAGGCCAAAACAGCUAUUGGGGAAGAGGGGCAAACGGCGAGUACAGAACCCUGCCYAGAAAUCAAACAUUCCCUAUUCGUGGAUUCCAGAUUUAUGAUGGACCUGUCAGGAUGACAAAAUGCACUUUCAAGAAGUUCACCCCAACUGCUGACAGAUACUCAAGUGCCAUUGGGUUCUUCAUGAAGAACUCCUGGCAGAUAAGCCCCCAGAACAAUGUGUCACAGAUCCUGAUGGAAAAAAGUGUUGGACUGGAAGUGUUUUUUGGCAAAUCAGGCCAGUGGUUUGGAAACAACGAUAAUGAUGGUGACAAAAUGUCUAUCUUCCAUGAUCUGGAUGGGUCUGUGACAGGAUACCCGGACACUUUUGUAGGCCGAGCUGACAACUACUUGCUUCAUCACCCCGGAUGUCUCACUGUGCCCCGCUGGAACGGGAUGAUCUGUACCGGGAAGUUUGCCCAGCUUUACAUUCAGGCCAGGCGCCCUGAGAAUCUGACCUUAUCCAUUGCCAGCGCGACGCACCACGCGCAGCCGUCGCGGCUGCACGGCGUGACCCGCGGAGCGCCCUACCAGCAGUACCAGCCGGUCGUCAGGCUCGAGCACCCUUAUAUCAUCCAGUGGGACGGCAGAGCGCCUGAGGAUGUCAUCCUGUACCCCAUCAACUUCAACAGAGGAGACUGGCUGCUCGUUGCCCUCUGCUAUCCCCGGGAGGCCGUUUUCCACGUGGUGGCAGAUGUCUACCAGCGACGCACGGGGACGGUGCACAGCGUGACGCACUACGAGGCUGUUGCCACCCGCGACCAUGUUCUUGGAAGCACCAGUGAGAGGCUCUUCUUCUUCGACCAGGCAUCGGGGUACCUGUUUGUUCACCUGCAAGCCCAYGGGGCGCGGGAAGGACACAGCUACUGCUCGGAGCGAGGCUGCGAGCGCAUUAAGAUCAUGGCAGAGAUGUCCAGAGCGGGACCCUGGAGCUGUGGCCCCAACCCCUUCCCGGAGUCGAGCGUCCGACUGGCACCUCCCCGGCACCCCGUCGUGUCCCGGCGCCGGGCCGGGCCGUGCAGGGCGUGCGGGGCUCCUCAGCUCGCUAUAACUAGCAAGCCCUCGAUCAAGUAUGUAAGAACACAGAUCCAGUCCCUCAGCACAGCUGAUAUACAAAACCACUUGACGUCCACGUUCAUUAAGAUAAAUGAUAAAAUCUUCCUGUUCAGUAGCCAUGGGAUAUUCUUCGUGGUGCUAGAUGCAUGUUCUGGAGCAGUCGUGAGUAGGCGGCACUUUGACACAGUUAGUGGUGAAAAUGCUGCCAAUGCAAUAAGUGACUAUGUUCAAACAUUUAUAAAAGAGAGAUCAGUUGUUCUUGUGGGCUCUAGAGGCAUCACAGAAGUGCCAGGGAAUUCUACAAUGUCUGUCUUCACCAGGUUAGGUUCUGCAAAGCCUAUUACCUUCCAUAAAAAAGGGAGUUUUGCUAUGCUUGGCUAUAAAGGGCAAGCCAAGCCCUCCUGGAUUAAAAUCCUUAAUCAAGCUGCUUAUCAGAAAGCUGCUUCUCUACAGCAUUACGUUCCCCUGAAGCUGAAGGAAUAUCAGUGUUCAGGUGGUGCUGAGGAGCCUCCGGAACGGGCUCUGUCUCGGGACCACUCGCAGCCCAACUCUGCAGAGACUGCAGAGCUGCACGGCUAAAUCCCGCUGCGUCCCCGGCACGACAUCGGCCRGGCAAAUCCUACUGUUACCAAAGCCUGCCAGUGUUUUUACGGAAUUGUAGCGAGCCAGUGUUGUCUAUUUGUAUAUUUUAUAAUUAAUAAAUAUAUU